GUUGCGACUACAGGACAACAGCAUUCUAAGCAACGCAAACAUCUCAGCCCUGUAUUCUCUGUGCGCUAUCUCAGAGACAUGGUAACAAUGUUCAACCAGGUCGCGCAGGACCUCGUAGACACGUUGCACGGUCAGGUUUCGCAAGAAGGCACUGAGGUCGAGAUGUCCGAAUACCUCAGCCGCUUUUCACUGGAAGCCGUCGGGCGUACCGCACUCGGCUACUCCUUCGGCCCACUCGACGUGCACGGCACGGACUACAGUCUCGCACUUAAGGAGUUUGGCCCGACUCUAGUGAAGUUGCACCUCUGGCGCCCCAUCCUCCCCUGGCUCAAAUGGAUAUUCCCACUGGACGUGCUGCGCGCCGCCGCGUCGGUAUUCCCGUGGAAAGUGGUGCGUCACAUGCAGGCGAUCUCGGACAACGUGUACCAGACGUCGCGCGAGGUGCUGCGCAAGAAGGGCGAGACGAUCAAGCUGGGCGAUGCCGCGGUACGACAGGAGAUCGGGGAGGGCAAAGACCUCAUAAGUAUACUGUUGCGACAGAACAUCUUGGGGUUGGAGGGCGAACGGCUCUCGGAGGAUGACAUUCUCGGGCAGAUGUCCCUGUUGUUGCUCGCAGCAACGGAUACCACCUCUGCUUCGAUCACGCGCGUUGUUCAGCUACUCGCUGAGAACCCCAAGGUGCAGGAAACACUACGGCAUGAGAUCCUCGACGCUACCACACAUGUGGGGCGAACUCUAUUCGAUCUGGACUACGACGCGUUCGCAAAGCUGCCAUAUCUUGAGGCUGUCGUUCGCGAGUCUCUUCGCAUGUGCGUAUGCUUCCGCGCCUCUCCUACAAAGUCCGACGAAGACGCCGUCCUCCCGCUCUCAGAACCUAUCACCGGCACAGACGGCAAACCCAUCCACGAGCUCUUCAUUCCCGCGGGCACGACCAUCUGGCUCAACAUGCUUGGCUCGAACCGCGACCCCGCCAUCUGGGGCCCCGACGCGCACGAGUGGAAGCCCGAGCGCUGGCUCGCGCCGCUCCCCGCAAGCGUUGUGGACGCGCGCACCCCAAGUGUGUUUGCGAACAUGUCCACGUUCGCGGCGGGCCCACGGUCAUGCAUCGGUUACAACUACGCCCUCGCGGAAAUGCGCAUCGCCGUCGCGCACCUCGUACUCGCGUUUAAGUUUACGCCGUCGGACAAGGAGAUCGUGUGGAAGCUGGGCGGGAUUGUCUCGCCCUCAGUGCGGGGCUCUGAUUCAAUGAAGCCUGAGUUCCCGGUGGUCAUGGCUCGUGUCUGA